AUGGGCUCGAUGCUGUGCAUAGUCGUUAUAUCCCUUUUGGUUCAGGUGUCUGAGAGUAUCUGUCCUGCUGGGUGCCUGUGUCCCUCUUACAUUGUGAGCUGCGGAAAUCUGGCCCUGGAAAAAUUGCCUCUUCCUAUUCCUGCCACCACCUGGACCCUGGAACUCAGCCACAACCGGCUGACGUGGCUCGGGGUGGGCACCUUCUACGGCCUCCCCAGGCUGGCCCGGCUGCGUCUGGCUCACAACCUGAUCUCGCAGCUCAGCCCCGGGGCCUUCCAGAACGCCAGUGCCCUGCGCCACCUGGACCUCUCGUCCAACAAGCUGCAGGUGGUGGGCCGGCACCACUUCCUGGAGCUGACGGGCCUCGAGGAGCUGCUCCUGUUCAACAACCGGAUCGCGCGGGUGGAGAGCAACGCCCUGAUGGGCCUGGGACGGCUCAAGCACCUCUACCUCAGCUUCAACCACAUCUCCGACUUCCCCUUCUUCUCCAUCCGCAAGCACACCCACCCCCAUCUGCUCACCGUCGAUCUGUCCUCCAACCAUAUGUCCAGGCUGCCAGUGGAGGACAUAGCUCUGUGGCCCGCCUCGCAUCAGAGAGGCUUGUUUCUGUUCAACAACUCGCUGCUCUGCGACUGCGCCACAUACACCAUGCUCCGGCACUGGGAGCAGAAGGGGUACGAGUCGGUGACGGACUUCAAGGACGAGUACAGGUGCCUGCUGUACGGAGACCCGCGAGCGCCUGUGCGCUUCUUCCGGAACGCCCGCUUCUUCGAGAACUGCACCGUGGGGAGGACGCUCUCUCUGGUCGCGCUGAAGGCUAACCUGGUGGUGUACGAGGGCGAGCUCGUGAAGAUGGACUGCACCAGCUCAGGCACGGGAGAGAACGUCUCCUUCUCCUGGACCUCCCCGCACCAGGAGGGCAUCACUCAGCUGCUCCAGAACGGCAGCCUGCGCCUGAACCAAGAUGGAAGCCUUGAGAUCCCCUACGCCAAGCUGGAUGACUCCGGUGUCUACCAGUGCACGUCCCUGGACAGGAUCCAGAUGCUGAACGAAUCGCGGGAGGUGAAUGUAACCGUGGUGACCCGACAGCCCUCCGAGGAGCCCUUCAACACGGGCUACACGACCCUGCUGGGCUGCGUGGUGACCUUAGUGGUGAUUCUCAUGUAUCUGUACCUGACCCCGUGCCGCUGCAGCUGCUGCAGGCCUCCGGCAGCGUCCCCCGGCGGGUCUAACUCACGCGAGGAGCGCUGCACGCUGGCCUCCAUCUUCAGGGCCCCGUCCUCCAUGGCCACCAGCGAGCCGAUGAUCUCACGGAAAGCGCCUUCGGCAGUGGACCGGCACGUGGUGUUCCUGGAGCCGCUGAUGGAGGAGCAGAAUGGACAUCUGAAGGCCACCUUCACUCAGGAGCAGCUGGCCCAGUUCCAAUGGGAGACCGAACGCCUGACCCCGGCGGCCACUUAG